GCCCCGGCUGCGUCCGCCGCGCGCAGGCUGCACGGCCCCGGCGCGCCCGCGCUCCGACCCGCUCUCGGCGCGUCGCCGGGUCUCCUGCUCGCCCGGCACCGCUCGCCCCAGUUCCCGGGAGCGGGGAUGCAGAUGCUGCCGCUGGUCCGGGUGGGCGCCGCCGCUGCCGCUGCUGGUUUUCCCCGGACUGCUCGUUGCCUCCGCUCCGACAGCUGCCGCUGCCGCCGCCUGUGACUCGCCCCCUCCCCUUUCUUUCUUCUCUUUUUUUUUUGCCUCCGUCCUCUUUCUCCGGGUGUGCGCGCGCGCGGAUUGCACGGUUUGCUUUGGCAGGAGCUCGCUCGUGUGUGCGCGUGUGUGAGUGUGCGUGUGUGGAGAGCGCCAGAGCCUUGCUCGCUCUCGGAGAGUCGAAGAAGAGAAAGAACCGAAGAGGCGGCGGCGGCGGCGGCGGCGCGGAGCUCGGGGCCGCGCGAUGAAGCUCCCACAUGCCCGCAGCUGCCCGGCCCGGCCGGCGAGCUGAUCUGCCACCCCCCGGGCUCCGGGCUCCGCGACCCCCGGGACGUAGCCCUCGGCAGCCGGGCGCCCGUUCCGCCCGCGCGCCCCCACCGUGCACUCGGGAAGGAGUUUGCGUGGCCCUCGCUCCGGCUCUCGGCGCAGGUUGCGGGCGCCAGAGGAGACCCUCCGCCGGGAGAAAACCUCGGGAGAAGGAGGAGGGUUUGGCGGAGAAGAAGCCACCCCUGGCUGUCGCGGCUCCCCCUACCUAUUCCACUGCUCCCUUUCCCAAGCGGAAAGGGGAGGACGAGGAAGAAGAAGAAAAAGAAAGAGAAGGGGGUGGGGUGGGAGAACUGGAUAUAAAGAUCGGCUGGGGGGAUGGUGGAAGAUUUUUGGUCUCUCCAGCAGCGUCUUUUCUUGAGCGGCGGCGGCAGCAGCAGCGGCAGCGGCGGCAGCAGCAGCGGGAGGAGAAGCAGCCCCAGCUAUGACUGCCGCAUGUUAAUAGCUGCCGCUUGGGUCUCUCGGCCGCUGCUGGAGACGGAGCCCGACUCCGAAGUUGUGCAACUGUGGACUGGGAGAGACAUUUGAACCUUGCUCUCUCUUUGCUCCGUUUUUACCCCCUCGGUGUGUUUGAAGCGAGACAACGUACAGGAAGACAAAUCUUUGGUUCUUUUUCCCCCCCUUCCCCUUUUUCCGUGGCUGUGUAGCAGAAGAAAGGGGGAAGGAGAGACUUUUUGUUGUUGUUUCUUUGGCUGGGGUCUCCACCCUCCUGCUGCUUUCUCUGCGCUGUGGUUAUCAUUCCUUGCGGCGUGUGGUGGGGGUGUCUUCUCCGGGGCCGGCCGGUCUUUUGCCCCGGGCUCCAUGGCUGGAUUGUGGAAACUGCACUCGGCUGCAGGUUGUUGAGCAACUGAUGGGACGAUCUCAGGGACCGGCGGUUACGAAAGGAAUGUUUAAAUGUUCAGUAAAUUGGAGGAAAAGAACAUGGACUUUUAGCUACUGAAGAGAAAAUUAAGGAUUCAAAUUUGGGAUACUGGUGUUUCUGUUUUUGAGGAUUUUUUUUUUUGAGGGAAAGUUGUUUUUUUUUUUUUUUAAAUCAUCGGUCUUGGAAUACAGAAGAGGAACCAGAAAUACACUCAUUUUGUUUCACGCUGGGAACACUCAGUUUUGAGGCACUCACGCCCGAGUUCACAGCCAUGUGGCCAUCACAGCUACUAGUCUUUAUGAUGCUCAUAGCACCGAUCAUUCAAGGUGGCAAGCACAGUGAGCGACAUCCAGCCCUCGCUGCCCCACUGCGACAUGCUGAGCGCAGCCCAGGAGGCGCUCUGCCACCCAGACAUCUCCUUCAGCAGCCAGCAGCCGAGCGUGCCACUGCUCAUCGUGGACAAGGGCCCCGUGGAGCUACCAGAGGAGUUCGUGGUCCAGGUGCUCAAGGAGCCCAGAGUGCAGCCCAAGCUUUCAGCCGUGCCCCAAUUCCGAUGGCUGUGGUCCGCAGAGAGCUCUCCUGUGAGAGCUACCCCAUUGAGCUCCGCUGUCCAGGAACAGAUGUCAUCAUGAUAGAAAGUGCCAACUAUGGGAGGACUGAUGACAAAAUUUGUGACUCUGACCCUGCUCAGAUGGAGAAUAUACGAUGCUAUCUGCCAGAUGCCUAUAAGAUUAUGUCCCAAAGGUGCAAUAACAGAACACAGUGCGCAGUGGUGGCAGGUCCUGAUGUUUUUCCAGACCCGUGUCCAGGAACCUAUAAAUACCUUGAAGUGCAGUAUGAAUGUGUCCCUUACAAAGUGGAACAAAAAGUUUUUCUUUGCCCUGGACUACUAAAAGGAGUAUACCAGAGUGAACAUUUGUUUGAAUCUGACCACCAGUCUGGGGCAUGGUGCAAAGACCCUCUGCAGGCUUCUGACAAGAUUUAUUAUAUGCCCUGGACUCCCUACAGAACUGAUACCCUGACUGAAUACUCAUCCAAGGAUGACUUCAUUGCUGGAAGGCCAACUACAACCUACAAGCUCCCUCACAGGGUGGAUGGCACAGGAUUUGUAGUGUAUGAUGGAGCUUUGUUUUUCAACAAAGAACGCACCAGGAACAUAGUAAAGUUUGAUUUGCGGACUAGGAUAAAGAGUGGAGAGGCUAUCAUAGCAAAUGCCAAUUACCAUGAUACCUCUCCUUACCGAUGGGGAGGCAAAUCUGACAUAGACCUGGCAGUGGAUGAAAAUGGGCUCUGGGUGAUCUAUGCAACAGAACAAAACAAUGGUAAAAUUGUCAUUAGUCAAUUGAACCCUUAUACUCUACGGAUUGAAGGGACAUGGGAUACUGCAUAUGAUAAAAGAUCAGCUUCCAACGCAUUUAUGAUUUGCGGGAUUCUGUAUGUGGUCAAAUCUGUAUAUGAGGAUGAUGACAAUGAGGCCACAGGGAAUAAGAUUGACUACAUUUAUAACACUGACCAAAGUAAGGAUAGUUUGGUGGAUGUACCAUUUCCCAAUUCAUACCAGUACAUAGCGGCUGUGGAUUACAACCCCAGGGACAACCUUCUUUAUGUUUGGAACAACUAUCACGUCGUGAAAUACUCUUUGGAUUUUGGACCUCUGGAUAGUCGAUCAGGGCAGGCACAUCAUGGGCAGGUGUCAUACAUCUCUCCUCCAAUUCACCUGGACUCUGAGCUAGAAAGACCCCCUGUGAGAGAAAUCUCUACCACAGGACCUCUUGGUAUGGGAAGUACCACCACCAGUACCACCCUGCGGACCACAACUUGGAGCCCAGGCAGGAGUACUACCCCAUCAGUGUCAGGAAGAAGAAACCGGAGUACCAGCACCCCAUCUCCAGCUGUGGAGGUGCUUGACGACAUUACCACACAUCUGCCAUCAGCAGCGUCCCAAAUCCCAGCCCUGGAAGAGAGCUGUGAAGCCGUGGAAGCCCGAGAAAUCAUGUGGUUUAAGACCCGUCAAGGACAGAUGGCAAAGCAGCCGUGCCCUGCAGGAACUAUAGGAGUGUCAACAUAUCUAUGCCUGGCUCCUGAUGGAAUCUGGGAUCCCCAAGGACCGGAUCUUAGCAACUGUUCUUCUCCUUGGGUCAACCAAAUAACACAAAAGUUGAAAUCUGGAGAGACAGCUGCCAACAUAGCUAGAGAGCUGGCUGAACAAACAAGAAAUCAUUUGAAUGCUGGAGACAUCACCUACUCAGUCCGUGCCAUGGACCAGCUGGUAGGGCUCCUAGAUGUACAACUCCGGAACUUGACCCCAGGUGGAAAAGAUAGUGCUGCACGGAGUUUGAACAAGCUUCAGAAAAGAGAGCGCUCUUGCAGAGCCUAUGUCCAGGCAAUGGUCGAGACAGUUAACAACCUCCUCCAGCCACAAGCCUCAAAUGCAUGGAGAGACCUGACUACAAGUGAUCAACUACGUGCAGCGACCAUGUUGCUUGACACUGUGGAGGAAAGCGCUUUUGUGCUGGCUGAUAACCUUUUGAAGACUGACAUUGUCAGGGAGAACACAGACAAUAUUCAAUUGGAAGUUGCAAGGCUGAGCACAGAAGGAAACUUAGAAGACCUAAAAUUUCCAGAAAACAUGGGUCAUGGAAGCACUAUCCAGCUUUCCGCAAAUACUCUAAAACAAAAUGGUCGAAACGGAGAAAUCAGAGUGGCCUUUGUGCUGUAUAACAACUUGGGUCCUUAUUUGUCCACGGAGAAUGCCAGCAUGAAGUUGGGAACAGAGGCUAUGUCCACCAAUCAUUCCGUUAUUGUCAAUUCCCCUGUCAUUACAGCAGCAAUAAACAAAGAGUUCAGCAAUAAAGUUUAUUUAGCUGAUCCUGUGGUGUUCACUGUAAAACAUAUUAAGCAGUCCGAGGAGAAUUUCAACCCUAACUGUUCAUUUUGGAGCUAUUCCAAGCGCACAAUGACAGGUUACUGGUCAACACAAGGCUGUCGGCUCCUAACCACAAAUAAGACACAUACUACAUGCUCUUGUAACCACUUAACCAAUUUUGCAGUACUGAUGGCACAUGUGGAAGUUAAGCACAGUGAUGCGGUCCAUGACCUUCUUCUGGAUGUGAUCACGUGGGUUGGAAUUUUGCUGUCCCUUGUUUGUCUCCUGAUUUGCAUCUUCACAUUUUGCUUUUUCCGUGGGCUCCAGAGUGACCGUAACACCAUCCACAAGAACCUCUGCAUCAGCCUUUUUGUAGCUGAACUGCUCUUCCUGAUUGGGAUCAACCGAACGGACCAACCAAUUGCCUGUGCAGUUUUUGCUGCCCUACUACAUUUCUUCUUCUUGGCGGCCUUCACCUGGAUGUUCCUGGAGGGAGUGCAACUCUAUAUCAUGCUGGUGGAGGUUUUUGAGAGUGAGCAUUCACGGAGGAAAUACUUUUACCUGGUUGGCUAUGGGAUGCCUGCCCUCAUAGUAGCUGUGUCCGCGGCGGUAGACUACAGGAGUUAUGGAACAGAUAAAGUAUGUUGGCUCCGACUUGACACCUACUUCAUUUGGAGCUUUAUAGGACCAGCGACCUUGAUAAUUAUGCUUAAUGUAAUCUUCCUUGGGAUCGCUUUAUAUAAAAUGUUUCAUCAUACUGCCAUUCUGAAACCUGAAUCGGGCUGCCUUGAUAAUAUCAAGUCAUGGGUUAUAGGUGCAAUAGCUCUUCUCUGCCUGUUAGGAUUGACCUGGGCCUUUGGACUCAUGUAUAUUAAUGAAAGCACAGUCAUCAUGGCGUAUCUCUUCACCAUUUUCAAUUCUCUACAGGGAAUGUUUAUAUUCAUUUUCCAUUGUGUCCUACAAAAGAAGGUACGAAAAGAGUAUGGGAAAUGCCUGCGGACGCAUUGUUGUAGUGGCAAAAGUACAGAGAGUUCCAUUGGCUCAGGGAAAACAUCUGGUUCUCGAACUCCUGGACGCUACUCCACGGGCUCACAGAGCCGAAUUCGUAGAAUGUGGAAUGACACGGUCCGAAAGCAGUCGGAGUCUUCCUUCAUUACUGGAGACAUAAACAGUUCAGCGUCACUCAACAGAGAGGGGCUUCUGAACAAUGCCAGGGAUACAAGUGUCAUGGAUACUCUACCACUGAAUGGUAACCAUGGCAAUAGUUACAGCAUUGCCAGUGGCGAAUACCUGAGCAACUGUGUGCAAAUCAUAGACCGUGGCUAUAACCACAAUGAGACCGCCCUAGAGAAAAAGAUUCUGAAGGAACUCACUUCCAACUAUAUCCCGUCUUACCUGAACAACCACGAGCGCUCCAGUGAACAGAACAGGAAUCUGAUGAACAAGCUGGUGAAUAACCUUGGCAGUGGGAGUGAAGAUGAUGCCAUUGUCCUGGAUGACGCCACCUCCUUCAACCACGAGGAGAGUUUGGGCCUGGAACUCAUUCAUGAGGAAUCUGAUGCUCCUUUGCUUCCCCCAAGAGUCUACUCCACAGAGAACCACCAGCCACACCAUUACACCAGAAGGCGGCUCCCCCAAGACCACAGUGAGAGUUUUUUCCCUUUGCUAACCAACGAGCACACAGAAGAUCUCCAGUCACCCCAUAGGGACUCUCUGUACACCAGCAUGCCAGCACUGGCUGGUGUGCCUGCCACAGAGAGCGUUACCACCAGCACCCAGACCGAACCCCCACCGGCCAAAUGUGGUGAUGCCGAAGAUGUUUACUACAAAAGCAUGCCAAACCUAGGCUCCAGAAACCACGUCCAUCAGCUGCACACCUACUAUCAGCUAGGUCGCGGUAGCAGUGAUGGAUUUAUAGUUCCUCCAAACAAAGAUGGGACCCCUCCAGAGGGAAGUUCAAAAGGACCAGCUCAUUUGGUCACUAGUCUAUAGAAGAUGACACAGAAAUUGAAACCAACAAAACUGCUAACACCUGGUUGACUGUUCUGAAUUGAUAUAAGCAGUGGUAAUAAUGUGUGUACUCCUAAAUCUUUAUGCUGUUCUUGAAAGACAAACACAAACUUUCAGACUUUUUUUUUUUUUUAACUGGGAUUUUUAGGUCAGCCAAGGGGAGAAAGAUAACUGCUGAAAUUCCCCUGUGCCCUCUCCUUUCUUGUCUUUUCCCCCUCAGAUGGAGACUUCAUUAUGUUAAUGAACGAGAUAUGAAGAAAAUGGCGCUCAUUGUGGCCUUGUUGAAUUAUGUUGUGUUUGUUCUAACAUCUCUGAUGCUCUGUUACUAUAAUUACAAGGACCUGAUUUUUAAAAGGCCAGAACAGUUGUUUGACAUUAGUAACAAUGCUGCAUCUAGAUUGGAGUGCUGCACAAACAAACAUAAAAACAAAGCAAAACUGUAUCACAUAGUGGUUUUUAGUCACUCACAACCUGAAUUCACCACAGUGGGAAUAGCUGUGGAAUACAAAAUAAAACAACAAAUUAAUAAUGAAAUGGAGGGGAAUUCUAGAAUUAUAUGCUAAAUGCAUAUUUUAUGAUUUGCUGUAUUAACUGAUGAUAAAACUAAUGGCAGAAAAAAAAUUGAACAAUUUCUAUGUAAUGUACAGAUACUAGCAUUGCACAUAUAGUCAGCUUUCUGUUCCUCCAGAAUUUGAGUCCUGUUAAUGUAGUGGAAAAAAAGAGAUAUUUUUUCUUUUUCUUUCGUGCUGGUCUUGCAAGUUUGUCUGCCAGUAAGAGAGCAAAGUUUCCUUCCUUCCUUCCUUCUUUUCUUUCUUCCUUCAUUUUCUUUGCUUUUUCUUCUCUUUUUCCUUUCUUCUUUUUUUUCUUUCCUUUUAUUUUUCCUUGAUUUUUUUCUUUAAAAUUUCACCUGGCAAAAAAAAUAAAUAAAUAAAUAAAUAAAUAAAUGAAACUAUCACUUUAUAAGAAUCAUUUUCUAGUAAUGCAAACAAAUUAUUUUUUACAAAAAAAUAAAAUAAAUAAAAUUAGACUUCCUUCCCUCACUAUAUAUCUUUAUUCAGUCAGAAUAUUUCCAAGAGCAUUUUUGCAGAUUAGAGCAGGACGAACUUUUAUGUUUACAGUAUACAUCUGUUGUAAUGCAAAGUAUAUUUGGCAAGCAGUUCAUCACCAAGACAGUAGCUAUGAUUCUAGAAGUCAAGAGGCGUCAAUAGAACUAGUGGGGCUUCUGCAUGUGAAAAAAAAAACGGUAUCCCAUAGGCAUUAAAGUGCUGAAUGCUCAGUCUGAUCCCCAAGUGGGCACCCGCACUACCAAUUUUUAAAGGAAAUUCACUCCCUUGUAGUAAGAAAUGAAAGGUCAAGUUAUUUUGAAGUGAUUUUUUUUAAACUCUUCUGUUUAUUAACAGGAAAAUUUAUUUAUUUGACAGGAUUUUAAGUAAUGUAGGAAUACAAGAGGUAAAUUAGCAGCACAUAUAAUUUUUUUUUAAAUUUAUGAUCCAUUUUGUAUGGUCUCAAAGUUGGAUGACCUCAUUACUAAUAUUUGUUGUAAAAGUGAAACUUGUUUGCCAACCAAUAAACAACUGAUUGAGAUUUAGAAGAUAUUGUUUUGAUGUAUGUACUAUAUGAUGAAUUAUUCUUUUCAUUUUUCUCGUCUUUCCUUCUGUUUUCAUUAUAUAUACUUUGCUAAUCGAUUACUCUAUGGCCCCAAUGAGCCAUGCAAUAGAAAUCAGAUCUGCCUAGAAGAAUAACCUAAGCACAAAAUUUUACCAUUUUUGCAGACAAAGUAAACCAGAAAAAUGGGAUGGGCAUGUUUAUGUUGAAUGAAAUAAGAUGCAUAACUUACUUUUAAGCAGGUUAAUAUCAGCUACUAUGUGCUUAUUUUAUAAGCAGCAGCCAUCAUGCUUACUAUAAAAACCAGCUUCAAUCAGAGAUUUAUGUAUUGAAUUGAAGAGGGGGUGAGUCACUUAUUUUCCUUUCCUGUAAGUUCUAUUUUGAUGUCAGAAAUUUAAAGUCAUUCAGUUGGCUCAAAGCUGCCAGUUUAAUGGCAAAGAGAAUAUCCAUUUUAUAAAGAUAGUAGAAGACAUUUUUAUGCUAAUUUUUCUUGCCCCAUAUAUGAAACAAAGUCCUUUCAAAGAAACUUUCUAGGUCUCCAAUUACUGAAGAAACUUUACCAGCAGUGUCUAAACAUAGAGUCCCUUCUAGAGCAAAGCUAGAAUGAAUUUGCCAAAUUGUAAUUUAUCUUGUAGUGUAUGAUAUUUUGGUGACUUCUUCCCCUCCCCCCCAAAUCUGAACACCACCCACCUAUUAAUUAAUUUCUUAAAUUAAGAUGAGAUGGAAUAGUUUAUGGAAUAACCAGUAAUCUCUAUAUAGUUUAAGAAUAUAUGACAAAAGAAAGAAUUCUGUGCUGGGCCAGAGUACAUCAUAAUCUUAAUACUCACCUCAGAAUAUUUUAUGCAUCAUUCCUUUUUAAGUCUCUAGAAUUGUUCUUGAGUUGCAGGAGAACCUCAAGCUUUAAUGGUAAUUAGGUUUUCACAUCCCACACUGUGGCAAUAUUAGCACCUGAAAGGUGGUUUGCCUAUCUGUUGCAUAGAAUACAUUUGGUAAUGAAAAAGCCCCUUUUAGACAACUUGUCUAAAGUUGGCCUGUGGAUUAUGAGCGCUUAUGCUUGUUUCGCCAAUUCAGCAGAGAUCUAUAUGAAAGCAGCUCGUCAGUAAGAAGCUAGUUUCACAGAACAAUGGGGAAACUACCUCAAGUCAGCUUGCUGAGGCUGCCAAUUCUGAUUUUCUGAUAUUGCUACCUCCCUGCCCGCUAUCUUUUAUGUGUCAUUACAUGGAAUUUGAAACAGGUAGCCUCCCCAGCUUUACACAGACCAACUGAAGAAAAUCACUUGAAUACGUAACUGGUGCGGAAGGCCAUUUAGGACUGUCAGUUACUACCCAGCCCUUGCAUAAACAUGAAAGGGUGAGAUGUUUGAAUUCGAAUACAUCACAAUUGAUGUGCUAUCAGAGAGACAAGAUCCCAAAGACUUUUACAGAAAGAGAUUGUUCCCUCAAAUUUUAUGUGACUAUACUGAAACAAAACAGUAGAUAUAGGAGCUAAUUAUGUGUACAUUUCAAUAGAAAUUUGUGUAUAUCUAACAUGUAUUCAUUUAGUCCUUUUUAUACUAGCAAGGCUUGAGUUCCUAAACUUGACUUUUUUUCACAUGUAUUUUCAUGCAUAGCUAUUGAUAAAUUAAUAAUUUUUAAAAAGUUUAUUGUUUUUUUACCACCUUUGGUUGACUAUACUUCAAUACCCUGUGCCAUUCAUGACUUACUUAUCUGCCUACUUCUGAUAUGCUUAUCUGAAAUUCUAUAAAAAACUAAAUUUUCAUCAAGCAGACGGACUGUACCUACCAUAGCACAUCAUUUGGGUAGCUGGAAGUAAAAGUUAUGCCAAUAAAACAAACCAAUUAUUACUUCCUAGUAAAAUAACAUUUUUGUAAUAUUUUACUCUUGAGCUUUUUUUUUUUUCUUUUGAGGUCUAUCUCCCAAGGUACUUUGCAGGACACUAGCUAACAGAUCUCAUGUCUAGUUGACUCACAGACUGUUGGAUUGUUGCACAGCCCAUGUUCCUAACUGAUAAUAUUUAUGGAGAAAACUACAUUUUGUGAAGGAAAAAUAGAUUUGAAUUUCAAUUUAAGUUUUUGAACAUCCCUCCAGUUCGACUCUAUUAAAAGUAAAAAAAUACUAUAGUUGAAUAAUAAAUUGCCAUGCUUAAAUAAUCAUGACAAAAAAGAACUUGCAUGAGAACAAUUAUGUCAAAGUGAAAAUAAUCAGGAAACUGUAUUAAUAAAAUGUAGAUAAUGGAAGUAUCCUUAACUUCCUAUCAGGCAAAUUCACAAAGACUCAGAACUAAAGUGUAGUUUAUGAUAUAUACUUUUAAAAUCCCCAUUAACCUAAAAAUGUCAACAUAUUGAUAAAAGAUCUUUAAGAUUUAGUGUUUUUAAAAAAUUAACUUAGUUGGUGUGAUGAAACUUUUCAUGGUAAUAGAGAUAAACAUAUAAGAGAAAUAGUAAUAGUCAUAUAGAACCCAUGGACUUAAUUUUAGCCAGUAUCUUCAGCUUUUUGCCCCACACAUGUUCCAAUCCAUUGACAAAGGUUUACUUAGUUUAAAAAAUGGCAUUAAAAACUUUUAAAGACUGACUUUCUGCAGUAUAGAGAACAAAAGGGAGAGGAAAACCAGUUUCUGGGUUGUCUAAAGAUCAACUCCAGACUAAUCAAUAAUCAGCUCCUAUUAGUGAAAGAAGCAUUUGUUUUCAGAAGUUGUGUGUUAGUAUUAUACCAAAGUGCUACUGCUUGAGGUGUUUUAGAAAAAACAAAAACACUACAGGACUACUAUACUACUGCAAAUUUAGAGAGAGAAAGAAAGAAACCCAGACUCUAAUUUGAUUUUGAGCAAUUCUAAAAAUAUUGACAAGAAUGUCCUUUCUUCUGUUACAAAACUAUUUGAGAUAAAAUAACAAUAUGUACGAUCUUCCUAGUAUAUUGUAGUACCAAGGUAUUAAGAUUUGAUGAGUUCAUGUUUAGUGGUUCAUAAUUAUAACUCACAACAUAAACAAUUACUAUGCAUUUCUAAAAAUACUUUACAUACAUCCUCUGUUAGAUUUCUGCACAUUAAUAAAUUAGGAACAUGGGAGCACAAGAGUGAAACAGCAACAUUAGAAAAUAGCUUAUGGAAGCAUUUUUGUGCAAAUGAAUUCUACGUGGAAAGCUUCUUUGAGCUCAUAAAAUAGAUUUGAUGGAUCCCAACCAGAUAUUCAAUUUUGUAAUCAGCAAAUACAUACUUCUGAAGCCAUCUGAAAAAUAUUGAUAAAUAUCUAAAUUUUCAUUUCUAAAUUAAAAUGUUGGUAGCUGCUUCUUUCCUGCUUAGGCCAUAAGAGGAAUCUUUCCUAUUUUCUAAUUAACCUGAUUAGUUUCUACUUCACUUUUGCUUUAAAAGGGAAAUCAAUCUUUAACUUUCACCUAUACACUUACAUACUUUGAUUCCUUUUAUUUACAGCUUGCAGAAGAAAUAGCUUGUUUACAAUAUUGCAAACUUUGUGAUUUUUGCAAUAUAACAGGUAGUUACUAUAGUUUUGCAUAUUUUCAUUUUCAGUAAACUUAUUGCCCCACCCUCUUUACAAAAAUUAAAAGCACGUCUCCAACAUCCAGGACCUGUAGGUUAUUAUUCAAAUGUCUUCGUUUCAGCUAUGUUUUGAUGUUUCUUUCUCUCUCUUAAUAGUAUGUCACACAAACUUUUCUCAUUUCACUUGUGUCCCAUCAGAGUAUUUCAAAGGUAAAGGCAAACUAUGAUUUUUAAGAAGGCACGUGAAAGGAGAACUUUGAUUUAUAAUGGAGAAGUUGAGGAAGACUACACAAGGAAAAACCUCUGUUGGGAUAAGCAAGUCUUUUCCAUCACAAUAUGAACAGAAGAAGGGCAGAUCCAAGUUGGCAUACUUAUGGUGAGGCAGCAGGACCUAAAUUCGAGUUCAAAAGAAAAAAAAAUUACAGGAAAAAAUAAUGAAAUUGUUUAGAGUGGUAAAAACUGUAAACAGUGUAACAAGUGCUACUGGUGUGUUAAAACAAAAAUUGAAGUAUACCAUAUGAUAAUUUUAUCCUGCUGUUUACACAGGAAACUCUAAACACUUUCAGCACUCCUUAGAUAUUUCUUGUCUAGCCACACCUUGUCUCAAGGACACAUGAUAUUUUAUAAAUGUUUCUUAAAUAUAAGUAUUUUGCCUCAAUUCACUUUCACUCUCUAAUCUGCUUAUUCUAUUGUAUGCCAACACAGUUAAUGCUACCAGUAGCUAUGCACCUUUUAGAGCUUUAUUAUGAAUCUUUCUAAUAAACAUUCAAUUAAUAUUAAAUUGGAAUUACGUACAUUGUGCAAAAUAAUCCGUAACCGAGCAAUAUUCAUAUUACAGGCUAAUUUAUUAUAUAUAUGAAUAUUACAUUGAGACUGAACAAAUAAUUACACAGCUGAAAAUAUUACUCUCAAGUCCUUUCUCUCUUCAAUUAUUGUAGUCAAUUCGUAAAAUUCUGCAGACAGUUGUAUGACAUGUAUCAAAGUACUCCAUAAUCCAAAUGUGUCUAAAAGUAUUCCCAAUGCUUCUUUCAUUCUAGAAUGCUAAAGAAAAGAGCUUGAAAGAAGAGGAAAGGAAAGCCGACUCCUAAGGAUCUAAUUUAGAUUAACAUUGCCAUUCAGAAUGAGUGAUUUUAAAAUGAGAAUGUUCCACUCUGUGAUCUGAGGUUAUUAAAAUUUUACAGUUAGUCCAAUAUUGGAGGAUUUUAAAUUUAAAAAGAGUUAAGUUUGUCUCAAUGGCCCAAGACUGUAGAAUUUCACACUACAUUGGCAAGGAAAUGUGUUUGAAAUCCAUACCUGAAGUAGCUUUUUAAAGGUUAAAAAUUCCCUGAUUCUUCUGAAGGUAAAACUGGUAAAUGAUCCUGGCUUCAAGAUGAAAUGGACUGGUUGACUUCAAAAAGUGGCAAAAAUCAAGAAUGUCAUCAACCCGUUAAUAGUAGGUAGAGGUCUUUGGGGAUACAGAAUACAGUGACUAGAACACAAUGUCCUCUUCUGCUGACCACUGCCUCAUGUUGGAGAGCAUUUUUAAUGCCUUGAAUUUCAAGUUGUCACAAUGUCUUAUGUUUUAAAUACCAUCAUGAAUCAAGAAAGAUGAGGAAAAAAACAUUUAAAGUUGGUUUUCAUGCCUCAUUUCAGAAUAAAGAUUUCCUUUACCAUUCUAAGUAAUAACAAUGAUGUGUCUUGAAACAGCUGUAGACAAUCAGAAUGUGUUCAUUUAUAAGCAAGUCUUUGUAUAUUCUAACACUAUUCUUUGCCUAUGACCUCCAAAAUCAGUAAGUGUAGAAAGAGUCAGCUGGAUUUCCUUUCAUUUGGCUUCUGUAAAUGCAUUGGAAGUAGAAGGAUAAUCUGGGACAUUUUUCCACACGGUUUUCCCACUUGCCAAUCAUUAAAUCUAAUUCAAAAUAUAUCUUUUUUUAAAAUGAUAGUUUAUUUUUAAAAAUAACAACUAAUUAAGUUAUUUCUCAGUGAUAGGAACGAUUUCUCUUUUUAGGAACAAGAAUAUAGCUAUCGCAGGCUCUGGUCUCUUACCAUUCUCAUAUAUUUACAUGUGGAAUUAAUCUUAUCACAUACACCUACCAGGUUUCUAUCUAUUGGAUUUUUUCCCCUUGUACAACCUUUCCAACCUCUUUUUUUUUUCUUAAAUGCUCUGUACAAUCACAUGUAAAAUCAUGAGCUACAAACCUCAAUAAAAAAUGUCAGUAAACAAUAA